AUGACCUUCGCCGAACUCUUUCAAAAGAUAAAGAAGAAACUGACGAUAGAGCGACGGGUUGCCGACCGAGCGAAAUCCACAAGGUCGCAGAGUACGCGGGAAAUGGAAACGAACUCUAAGGUAAGCACCAGCAGCGCGGUUGUAGUUCGACCUCGUGCAGGAACCGAAAUCGUCAUUGAACGACUGCGAUAUUCAAAAUCGUCACCUUCUUCAUCAGAAAUUACCGAUCGCAGCGGGAAAUCCAACAAGAAAAUCACGCAAUUGGCAGAGGUCACCGUGGAAAAUCGACGACAGCGAUCGGAUUCUGCCCCUUUGGCAUCAUCUCACCAAGCACGUCGCCCAAAUCCCGCUUAUCUCAGUUUGCUAUCGACAGGAUCAAUUCUUGCUCCCACAUAUCGUAGUCGCACGGCUACGCUGUCGAGACCAACAUUUGUCAAGGUUACUGUAGAGUGA